UGCUGCUUAAAUCACAUUUCUUCGUACCAUUUAUCCGAAAUCUGUGAAAUCACACAAAAUCAAUGGCGCUAAAAUUGGCCAUCCCUUUCCCAAUCUCCGCGCCACCACCGAACCCGUCGCACCACCGCCCCCCCAUGGAGGUCCGGUUCUCGCGCUGGAACAACGCCAACGCCGAGAAAUUCGAAGCUCGCCGACGCGCCCAGAAGGAAAUCGAGGACGACAUCCGCCGUGUGCGCCGCUUCGACUCCGCCUCCCGAAUCGCCAACAUUCCCGAGACUGCCACUACCGCCACCCAAAACGAAACCGAAACAUUCAAGUCCAUUGGCACUCCCUCCUCUCCUUCUUCACCUUCAAUCCCUGGCAAAAAAUCUAAGUACUCCAAAAACCCUAACUAUAAUAACAAUUCCCACCCCGCCUUUAAUCUAACCCCCAAAACAAUCAAAAUCCCCAGCGUGCCCCAACCUGGGGCUCGGGACAGCAAUAUCACCGUCGGCGAAGACGGCGUUUCGUAUGUCAUAGACGGGGCUCCCUUCGAGUUCAAGUACAGCUACACUGAGACCCCGAAGGCGAAGCCGGUGAAGCUGCGCGAGCGGCCUUUCGUGCCGUUCGGGCCCUCCACGAUGCCGAGGCCGUGGACCGGGCGGGCCCCGCUGCCGCCGAGCAAGAAGCCGCUCAGAGAGUUCGACUCCUUCCGGCUGCCGCCGCCGAACAAGAAGGGCGUCAAACCAGUCCAGGCGCCCGGACCGUACCUGGCUGGGGCGGGUCCGCGAUACGUGGCGUCGAGGGAGGAGAUACUGGGCGAACCGUUGACGGGGGAGGAGAUUGGGGACUUGGUUAAUGGGUGCAUGAAAUCCAAGCGGCAAUUGAAUAUGGGGAGAGAUGGUUUGACACACAAUAUGUUGGAUAACAUAAAUGCUCUCUGGAAGCGGCGGAGAGUGUGCAAGAUAAAAUGCAAGGGUGUGUGUACGGUCGACAUGGACAAUGUGCGUGAGCAACUAGAGGAACGAACUGGGGGGAAGAUUAUUUAUAGUAAAGGUGGGGUGGUAUAUCUCUUCCGGGGAAGAAACUACAACCAUAGAACUCGUCCCCGAUUUCCUCUCAUGCUGUGGAAACCUGCUCCCCCUGUAUAUCCAAGGCUGAUUCAGCGGGUUCCUGAGGGUCUAACACUGGAAGAAGCGACUGAAAUGCGCAAUAAGGGACAGAAACUUAUACCGAUAUGCAAGCUAGGGAAAAAUGGUGUGUACUGUGACCUUGUAAAAAAUGUCAGAGAGGCAUUUGAAGAGUGUGAACUGGUGCGAAUCAAUUGUCAAGGGAUGAAUGGGAGCGACUACCGAAGAAUAGGUGCUAAACUUAAGGAUCUUGUCCCAUGUGUGCUUAUCUCAUUCGCAUAUGAGCACAUACUUAUGUGGAGAGGACGGAAUUGGAAGUCUUCCCUCCCAAAACUAGAUAAUGAUGGUGAAGAAGCCAAGAAAUCCAGUGUUCAUGAUGCAACUUCCCUUGCACUGCCCUCUGAAGGCCAAGAAGUAUCAGCAUCAUGUGCGCCAGUGAUCUCAGCUAAGGCUGCGAGUCCUGAAACACUUAGUAUUGGCAUGUCCCCUAUGGGUUCUGUGGAUGUGGGUGUAGAGGGAAGUGAGGAUCUAUCCUCAAUGGAAAAUGUUAAGCCAUCUGUAGGUGCUGAUGCAGUUUCAAAUAUGGGCAAGACAUGUAGAAGUGAAACCCCAGUAAAUGUCACAGGCUGCCCUGAUGAUGGACCAGAACCUAGGAAGAACCCCUGUGAAAGUGCAACGAUGUUAGGUUCUACUGGUUUUGUUGACGAUAAAUUAGAACCUAUGAGCAGAAAAUGCGGAAGCGAUGAGGUAUUGGAUAAUACAGGCUGCACACAUGGACUUCAGACAACAACAAUGGGAUCUGGCAUCAAUUCAGGAACUGUUGAGAGCGCUGGAAGUAGGCUGAGUGCACCUUGCAUAGAGGGAGUUCUUCUACUUAGGAAGCAAGCCGUUGACAAUGGGAGUGCAAUUAUUUUGGAUGAUGACUCUUUGGAUGGCGACAUUAUUUAUCAAAGGGCAGUUGCCUUUGCCAAGUCUGCCCCACCUGGUCCCGUUUUUAGGCAUCGACCUAGAAAGGUAGCAGUUCAAAAGCUUGAGGAGCAUGUAACUGAGGAUUUGAAAGUGAUGGAUGACACAAUAGUUCCCUCAGGAAGAAGUGAGAAGAAGAGUGCUAAUGUUAAAAGACGGAAAGAUUUUGACGGACUUUAUCAAGAUGUAGUGACGCAAGGAAGCUUGAGAGUGGAUGAACUUGCUAAACUAUUAGCAUAAUAUUGCACCUCAACACGUUCUGAGAUGUAAUUAUUGUUGUCAUACACGACUUUGUUGCUCAAUCCAAAUGUUAAACAAAAAAAAAAAUGAACUUUAUGUUCAAACUGUACAACAUGCAUGCAUGAAACAAUUUGUCAUAAUUUAAUUCGCAGAGAUUAUUCCGAGAUUCUAAACAUGCAUUGUUGAUCUCCCCCCAUCCGAGUCUCCAGCUUUCUCACUUUCUACUACAUACUUCUUCCAGAACCAGUGAGUUUGCCAGAGAAGAUACACCUCCUCGAUUGGAACUUGCUUUGUUUCUGGCAGUAGGAAGAAGAUGAAACUACUCAUGAUGAUAAUUAAUCCUCCAAAUAGCAAGAAAAUUCCAUAUCUGAGAUGACACAGCGACGCAAGAAAACACUGUGCUAUCAAUGCUGUGAAGAGGAGGUUGACACAGACCACAACACUCUGACCAGCCGACCUUGUCUCUAAUGGGAAGAUCUCGCUCGGUACUAGCCAACCCAGAGGGCCCCAAGAUCUUCCAUAAGCUAAGACAAAUAAGCAGAUCAUGAUGACAAGAAAGAUGCCAAUUCCUUUUGAGAGGGUUUGUCCUUGCCCAAACUUCAGGGCCAGAGUUAUGGCCACAGCCACCUGCAAGAUCAAACAAGCUGGUAAGUUCUCGAGCCAGAAAAGUUUCUUUGAAAAAAAUCAAGAAUAAGAGCCUGAAAGUGCAAUUACCAUGCAGCAUAUCAUUUCGGUACCAGCUUCCAAAAAGAAAGCUCUUCUACCAAACUUAUCCACCAAUGACAUUGAUAUGAGUGCACCAACAACAAGCGCUCCACUGGUGAAAAUGGAUGAAUAUAGAGAUGCUGCUGAGCCAAAACCCAAGCUUUGGAAUAUGACAGGAGCAUAGAAGAGUAUGGAGUUCAUGCCAGUUAGCUGUUGGAACGCCGGGAUCCCCAAUGCCCCUAUUACCAACUGGGGACGAUUCUUCCUUUCAAGGAGAUUCCUGAAUGGGUGCUUUACGGAUCUUGCUGCAUUGCUUGCAUCAAUAAGAUCGGCAAACUCAGCAUCAACUUUUGAGGUACCUCUCACUUUCUCCAACACCCUUCUUCCUUCUUCUAGCUUGCCUUGCUCUACAAGACUGUUGGGGGUCUCAGGAAGGAAAACACCCCCAAUAAACAUUAGGGUUGCUGGAACUGUAGCCAAACCAAGAGAUAAUCUCCACCCCCAUGGAUGGAUCCUUUCAGUACCAUAGUUUAUGAAGUUCGCUAUCAGAAUCCCUAAGCAUGUAGUCAAUUGAAACAGUUGGUUCACCGCUCCUCGGAUCUUUGCCGGAGCCAUCUCUGAAAGAUACAAGGGAACUGCCUGUACCAUUAAUUAGAACAAGAAAGCAGUAAGUGAAUGAGGAGUUGGUGCAAUUCUUUCUUAUUUGCUGAGACGAGCAAGUCUAUUUAGUAGACUGUUAUUACCACUGUAAAUCAGUUCUUAAAAAAAAAAAAUAAUAAUAAUGGCUGAUUUUCACUGUUACGUUAUCUUAAUUGUAUGACAGUCUAUAUCAGUCUACUAAAUAGCAUUACUCUGGUUGAGAAUCAAUUGAGAAGCAGGCUUACUUGGUUUCCAAAUCCAAUGCCACCACCAAGGAGAAUGCGGCCAAUGAUUAACAUUGCAAUGUUCACUGCAGAUGCGUUGAGAACUGCUCCUAGGAAGAAGCUGGUUGCUCCAACCAUGAUGCUGCCUCUCCUGCCCCAUUUUCUGGUUACGUAGGACGCUCCAAAUGUGGAGACGAGGCCCGCAAAGUACAGAGAAGACGUAAAGAGUGUGAGUACCUGGUUGUCAUAUUUACAGUAGUCGGUUUCAUUCAGAUGUUCUUGCUUCCUUCUAUAUACUUUCGGGAAGAAUUCCUUUAGGAAAUCAUCCAUGGAAGUCACUCCGCCUGAAAUUAGCAUUUAAAGUUAAAUUCUUGAUGUGAUUUCCAAAUGCUCAGAAGAAGAAAAAUGAUGUCAUUUUCGAAAGAGUAUGAAUAUAAUAAAGAUGGCCUCUUUGUUUACAGAAGAA